AUCGACAAGACACGUUAAAAUUCAAUGCAAUUUCAUGUCAUAUAUCCAAUAGUUUUUAGUUUGCUGGAUCCACGUACUCCUUUUAGUCGAUGUGAUGUCAUCCUACUGCGCCCGAGUAGGCUAAAGAAGAUUCUCGGGAUGAGUGAAGUUUGUUGUUGAGUUGCGAGCCGAGCGGCGAUUAUAAUGACUUCUAUUAAAAACGCUUUAAAAUCUCAUUUUGGUUUCGAAAACUUCAGGUCUCAGCAACAAGAAGAUGUUGUCAAUGCGGUUGUUAAAGGUGACAGAGAUGUGUUCGUGUGCAUGCCUACCGGAGCGGGCAAGUCCCUGUGCUACCAGCUCCCCGCAGUCUUGGCGAAGGGCAUCACCAUGGUGGUGUCUCCCCUUAUUGCCCUUAUCCAGGACCAGGUGGACCAGCUGCAGGCGCGGAACAUUCCGGCGUGCUCCAUCAACUCCAAGCUGGCGGCGCAGGAGCGCCGGCGCGUGCUCGAGGACCUGGAGCGGGACAGCCCGUGCCUGAAGCUGCUGUACGUGACGCCGGAGAUGCUGGCCUCGCCCUCCUUCCAGCCCUGCCUGGGCAGCCUGUGUUCCCGGGGCCUGCUGGCCCUGCUGGCGGUGGACGAGGCCCACUGCGUGUCGCAGUGGGGGCACGACUUCCGGCCGGACUACCUGAAGCUGGGCCAGCUGCGGGCGCGGCUGCCCGGCGUGCCGUGCCUGGCGCUGACCGCCACCGCGCCGCGGCGGGUGCAGGAGGACAUCGCGCGGUCGCUGGGCCUGCGCCGGCCCCUGUCCUUCUCCGCGCCCGUGUUCCGCGGCAACCUGCGCUACGACGUCGUCUUCCGCGACAUCCUGCCCGACGCCUACGUGCACCUGCACGCCUUCGCCGAGAAGGCCCUCGGGGACGGCCCGGAGGGCCAGGGCUGCGGGAUCGUGUACUGCCGCACCCGGGAGGCCUGUGAGGAGGUGGCUCACCGCCUGACGCGGCUGGGCGUGUCGGCCAGGCCCUACCACGCAGGUCUGAAGACCGGCGAUCGCACAGAGGCGCAGAGCGACUGGAUGCAGGGAAAGGUCUCCACCAUCGUGGCCACCAUCAGCUUCGGCAUGGGCGUGGACAAGCCCAACGUCAGGUUUGUGGCCCACUGGAACCUGGCCAAGUCCCUGGCGAGUUACUAUCAGGAGUCCGGCCGAGCCGGGCGGGACGGCCUGCCCUCGUCCUGCCGCACGUACUACUCCUCCCAGGACCGCGACCAGAUCGGGUUCCUGAUCCGCAAGGAGAUCGCCCGCAUGCAGAAGAAACGGGGCUCAGAGAAGGAGCAGGACAAGGCGGCCAUUACUGACUUUGAGGCCAUGGUGUCCUUCUGCGAGCAAGAGGCGUGUCGACACGCCACCAUCUCGCAGUUUUUCGGGGACAAGAAGCCGGCCUGUGAGAAGGCCUGCGAUUUCUGCCGGGACCCCAAGGUGGUCCGGGCCCAGCUGGAGGCCGCGUCCCGCCUCAGCACCAGAACCGGCCCGGCCCAGAGCAAGGAGCCCAGGGGGGCGUUCGGGUUCGACCGGGAGCUCUACGCCGGAGGCCGCAAGGGCUACGGGUUUGAGAGGUAUGAUGAGGACAGUGGUAACGAGGAAGAGGAUCCUGACAAGCGCAAGGCGGAGUUUGGAAACCUGUUCAAAAAGCAGAUGAAAAUCCGUAAGGGAUUUCAUAGUAAGGAGGAAUUUGUCCCCCCAGACGCUGACUGUCCCCUGAUAGAAGCCAGCAGCCAGAGAAUCCCCAGACUCACAGUCAAGGCACGAGAGCACUGUCUCUCCCUCCUGCAGUCGACUCUGGGCAGCCAGCAGGGGGCAGCAGUGUGGGAGGAAAGUUCUGACACUCAAUCCUUGGCUGUGGAGAUUGAGCAUGAAGUCUUCAGAGCCAGCAAGAGUGCCAACCUGUACAAGGCGUCUGUACUGAAGAGGGUGGCAGAGCUGAGGAAGGAAGCCGAUGGAGUGGCAGCGCCCCCUGUGGCCGGAGGAGAGACCAGCAGCUGCUGCAGCCAUGGAGACGGGCCGUCUGUCUCCAAACCUGAUCCUCCCUCCUCACCCUCCUCUUCCUCAGGUGGAGACUUCCUGGGGUUCACACCAGCCUCCCAAGUAUACUCUAUGAAGAGGAAGAGGGUGGGCGCCGGAUUGCGCGGGUCCUCAAACCCCUUCCAGAUGGCGGGCGAGCUGCUGGGAGCGUCCCGCGAGGAGGGGGCGGAGCCUGGGGCGGCGUGCGACGCACAGAGCCCGGACGCUUCCUGUGCGCCCGGGGGCCGCAAACGGAAGGCCGAGUCCCCAGAAAGCAAAGCCAAGGCCCCCGCGUCUCUGAGCAGCCCCUCCAAGGGCAGCAGGAAACAGCAGAAGAUGGAACAGGCCGCCAGGACCUCCCACUCCAUCGACCGGUACUUCAGCAAGAGGCGGGAGGACAGCUCUGCCCCCGGCACGGCCACGGAGGGCCAGACCGGCCUGGAGACAGACACCAAACCUGAGGGCGAGGAUGAGCCUGCGGUCAGAGCCCCUUUGGAUAAAAAGCCAGCACAGAAGAAGAGCACGUGUGUGGAAAACGGGGACCCCCCAGCCAGCAAGCGACAGCGCCCCCUGCAGGACAGCAAGAAACAAGUGACCUUUGACACUAACGUGUGGGAGAAGCAGGAGGCCCCGUCCCCAGAGAGGACUACAGAGAGGACUACGGCUCAUCAGGAGGGGGCAGGGGAGACUGGGCCGGGACAUGGAGCUCCAGAGAAGAAGACAGGGGCAGGGAACAAAAUGGCGGCCGUCGGAGCUCCAGAGAAGACGGUUACCCUGGAGAAGGGGGCAGGGAACAAAAUGGCGGGCGUUGGAGCUCCAGAGAAGGCAGUCACCCUGGAGAAGGGGGCAGGGAACAAAAUGGCGGCCGUCAGAGCUCCAGAGAAGACGGUUUCCCUGGAGAAGGGGGCAGGGAACAAAAUGGCGGCCGUCGGAGCUCCAGAGAAGACGGUUACCGUGAAGAAGGGCACGGGGAAGAAAAUGGCGGCUGCUGGAGGACCAGAGGAGGCCGUUUCUCUGAAGGAGGCUGCUGACAUCGUGGUUCGGUGCCUGGACCCGUUUUAUUCUCAGGGAAAAUUUGCCACGAAGGACCUGUUCAAGUCCUUCGCCCGAUUCCUGUCUCACCUGCUCACCGAGGGGAGGAGCUGUGGGAGGGGCCAAGUGAGAACGGAGGCGUGCGGCCUGAUCAAGAAGUUCUUCAGCCGCGUCCCGCGCUGCGAGAACGAGCGGGACUGGAAACACCUGAGCGCCACGGCGGGCGGGGCGAAGAGGACCACCGGGGGCGGGGCUAACAGGACCUCCGGGGGCGGGGCUAACAGGACCACCGGGGGCGGGGCUAACAGGACCUCUGGGGGCGGGGCUAAGAGGACCUCCGUGGGCGGGGCUAACGGGUCCACCGGGGGCGGGGCUGACAGGAAUGGGGCUGGACAAACACAGAGCUGA